AUGGUGACGAUGACCCAGUAUCAUAAUGUUGAGACGAACCUUCAAAUAUCUUCUAUAGCGGCCACACCCCUGCUUGGAAUGAAAUCAACAUCCCAGGUUCCUCCGGUGAAAGCUGUGUACACUGUGCCUCCUCCUCUGACGAUUGACUGUUUGGAAGAGAUUUUGAAUCAUCUCUUGGACAGUCGAACAACCCUUCACUCUUGUAUCCUGGUCAAUCGUAUUUGGAGUCAGCUGGCCAUGCCCCUGUUAUGGUAUAAUCCAUUUAGUAGCAGGUUACGAGGACGACAAGCAACAAAUAUUUUCGAUUCAUACAUUUCUUGUUUGCCCGAGGAACUAAAAGAUCAAAUGCUCGCACGAGGAAUUUAUUUCUCGGACUCGGUAAAGCCUUUAUUCGAUUAUCCAAAGUAUUUGCGCGGAUUUGACUGGUUAAAUUUCCAGCUGGCCGUACGAGAAUGGGUGGAAACAUUUUUUUAUAACCGAGGAUUGGAAUUUAGCAACAAGAUUAUUUUUUUCGAAAAAUUCAUUGCCUCUUUUCUCUUGGGUCGAUGUAACGGGUUAAGGAUUCUGAGAUUGGAGAGCAAUUUAUCAACAAGUGUCAGCAUGCUCGACUUGUUAAACAACUUCAACUUUCAAUUUCUCUUUUCAAAGUUAGAGAAGUUUGAGGUACAGUAUAAUACCUUUAACAGUGAUUGGGGACCGAAGGCGGAGAGCAUAUCAUUAUUUUCGACCAAACUGGCGGUAAGCUCUCGAAACAUCCAGCACAUCAAAUUAUCCGUGGAAACUUUUCGACAGAAUUAUCUUCCAUUAUAUAUUUGUGAGGCGUUCUGGAAUUUAAUAGGAGUCCAAAAUAAUCUCAAAGUUCUUGAGAUCCAUGAAUUUUGGAAUCCCGAGAAAUCGGAGCUAUUUUAUUCAUCACUUGCAAGACAAUCACAUUCAUUGACCUUUCUCAGUUUAAGGAAUAUCUCAAAAUUAAAUCUUUUGCUUCAAUUUCUGACGAGCUGCCGAAGCCUGGAAACAUUAGAACUAUGGACAGUUCCGGUUGCUGAUAUGGAGGCGCUCAUGUGUUUAUCAAGUUCAUCAACACAAUUAUCCAUCAAGAAGCUCCGAUGCUACGAUUCAGAAAGGGACCCCGAACUCACAUUGGGAGUAAUAAUUUUGAUGGCGAAUCAAAAUUUAAGAGAACUGCAUCUCUUGAAAGUGACACCCAAACUUUUGGAGGUGAUCGGUCUAUACUGUCCUAAUCUCACCAGUCUACACCUGAACCUUACCAAACCUCUUAUGUUAAAACUUCUCCAAUACCUCUCAAGUUUGUCACUCGAAACGCUAGGAUUAAUCAAUCAAGAUAAAACGACGUUCACGAUUGACUUACUACAAGAAAUAGCUCACGCAAUACCACCUACCACGAGAAAUUUAGAAAUAAACUUUAUGAUGACCUCACAAGGGCUACAAUAUUUCCUAUGGAAGUUUGAUGGGAAAUUGUCAAAGUUAGUGAUAAACAAUGAUAAUCUGAACGAUCAAUAUUUAGCGGUAGUCACGUAUUAUGCAAAGGUCAAGAGUCUGCAAGAGUUUUGGUUCCCACGUCCCGAUAUGUUCUCAUCAGAAGUCAUGGAGAACGCAAGGUUUAUUAUCCCAAAGGUUCAAUGUCUGAAAUCAUGA